AUGUUGAGCUCCGGUGAAAAUACUGAGCUUAAUGGAGAGAAAAAGAGAAGCCCACGUUCAGCCGAAAGCGAGGGAAAUUGUUGUCCAAGCGUCAAAAGAAAACUCAUCCCGGCCAAAUUGUUUUAUUUCUUCUAUUUUUCUUCUUUGGGAUCACUGCUGCCAUAUUUAGCUCUGUACUUCAAGCAAUUGAAGCUUACACCAACUCAAGUCGGUAUAUUAAUGGGCUUGAAACCUUUUGUGGAGUUUAUUUGUACCCCGCUAUGGGGAGCCGUUGUGGAUCGAUUUAAAAUGGGGAAAUUGGUUCUUCUGAUGUCUUUGCUCGUUGCUGCUUUGUCUCAAUUCUCGCUGUCCUUAGUAGCACCAGCUGAACGCCUCUGUACCUUAAACACGAUAUCGCGAUCAAUCAAGGGUCGAAACGAUUCAUCUUAUAUUGCCACAAAGCAUGGGAACUCUUCUAGUUACUGGGGGAAUUUUGUUUUUGUGUCUUCCAUUUUGGAUGACCUUCCUUGGCCUCUAACUUAUACCAGUAAAGAGAUGGAAACUCCACAGACACCCAACACUGCGGAACUAUUUACAAUACUACUUAUCAUCAUUCUGUUCAGCAACAUUAUCUCGUCUCCGUCUCUUGCGCUCGCAGACACAGUAACGAUGCAAACAUUAAGGCCAGAUGUGCACCUGUAUGGACGGCAGCGCCUAUGGGGAUCGGUUGGAUGGGGAAUAGCCUCAUUUUUAGUUGGUGUUUUGGUAUCAGUGAGUCAUCACUGUCCAAAUCCCUUUACAAAGCCUUCUGAUAUCAGUUACAUGCCUUGCUUUGGUACAUUUGGAGUUUUAAUGCUUCUUGCAGUCGCUACAUCCACAAAAUUUAAGUUUGCAUAUGACUCUGAGGAUGAGAAGGUCGAGGAUACAGGAUUAAUGAACAAUUUAAAGCAAAGCGUCAAUAUCAAAUACAUUGUGUUCUUAUUUACUGCAUAUUAUUUUGGAAUCCUUAACGCCUUCACGAAAACCUUUUUAUUCUGGCACUUAAAAGAUUUGGGGGGGACGCAACUGCUAUUUAGCAUCAUUGCAGCAGUAAACUGUUUCGCCGAAGUAAGUUUGUAUCUUCUAUCAGACAAAAUCAUUACUCGAAUGGGACAUACCCGUGUUAUAUACCUUGCAGCCGCAGGAUUUACUUUUCGAUGUUCUUGUUAUUCGUUUUUAUCAAACCCGUGGCUAAUCCUUCCGUUAGAGUUUAUGCCUGGAAUAACAAAUGCCUUAGCAUGGGUAGCUAUGCAGUCAUAUGUAAAUGAAAUAUCGAGAAAUGAUAAUGCCACAACUCAUCAAGGUAUUCUUUGUGGAUUUUACAGAGGACUUGGCUAUGGAUGCGGUGAAGUUUUUGGAGGUGUGAUGAUCAACUUCGUAGGAUCGGGAAAUGCUUUUAAGGUCUUUGCAAUAGGCGCAGCUUUUACGUUCUUAGCUAACGUUUUUGUGGAAGAAUUAUCUCAAGUCAAGCCAGUUUUAAAAAUGCUGUUCAAGCGAUUGAUGAAAGUCAAAGAAUAA